GUCGGUUUGUCGGUGUCUGUUUUUGUUCGUCCGUUUCAACGCCUACGCCGCUGAAGUGUGUUUGGUGAUGAGUGAAAAGUAAUAGCUUUUAAUUCAAAGAGACCGAUGAAUUUGUUAAAAAAGUGUGGAUUUAAACUUUGUGAUCGCUUUUAACUAGGAACGGUUUUAGUCUUCGACGAGAGGACAAAAUGGCCGAUAUUCGGAAUUUCAUCUCGAAAAUGGCAAACGGGAGCGCCAGCAAGGACGAUGAAAAUGAAGAAUCGGUCGCCCCGCAGCCUCCCAAAAAGAAAGCAGGCACCAUCGAGAAGACCUACCAGAAGAAAACCCAACUCGAACAUAUCCUUCUACGUCCCGACACUUACAUAGGAUCCGUAGAAAAAGCCACCGAAUUGAUGUGGAUUUACGAUAUCGAAAACGAAGUAAUGGUCCAGAAGCAAAUCGAAUACGUGCCAGGUUUAUACAAAAUAUUCGACGAAAUCCUGGUGAACGCCGCCGACAACAAGCAGCGCGACAAAUCGAUGGAUUGCAUCAAGAUCGAGAUAAAGCCGGAGGAGAAUUUCGUAUCGGUUUGGAACAACGGCAAGGGCAUACCGGUGGUGAUGCACAAAGACGAAAACAUGUUUGUACCCACCAUGAUAUUCGGACAUUUACUCACCUCUUCCAACUACAACGACGAGGAGGAGAAGGUGACAGGAGGUCGAAACGGUUACGGGGCCAAAUUGUGUAAUAUUUUUAGCGAGAAAUUCAUCGUGGAAACGGCCUCGAAGGAGUACAAAAAGCAAUUCCGGCAAACGUGGGGCUCCAACAUGUCGAAAACGUCCGAGCCGAAGAUAAAACCCUCCAACGAGGACUACACGAAGAUAUCCUUCUGGCCGGAUUUGUCGAAAUUCAAAAUGGACAAACUAGACGAUGACAUCGUGGGUUUGAUGUCUAGACGAGCCUUCGACGUAGCCGCGUCCACUAAAGGAGUAAAAGUCUUCCUCAACGGCAAAAGAGUCCCUGUAAAAAAUUUCAAAGACUACAUAGACUUAUACAUCAAAGGCAAAGAAGACGAGGCCGGGAAUCCCUUGAAAAUAGUCCACGAACAGUCCAGCGAACGAUGGGAAAUCGGCUUCACGUUGUCCGACAAAGGAUUCCAACAGGUCUCGUUCGUCAACAGCAUCGCCACCACCAAAGGGGGCCGACACGUCGAUUACAUAGUCGAUUUGAUCGUGAAGCAACUCACCGAGGUUUUAAAGAAGAAAAACAAGGGCGGCCUGCAAAUCAAACCGUUCCAAAUCAAAAACCACAUGUGGAUAUUCAUAAACUGCCUCAUCGUCAAUCCCACGUUCGAUUCUCAAACCAAAGAGAACAUGACUCUUACUAUGAAGAAUUUCGGUUCGAAAUGCGCUUUAAGCGAUAAAUUCAUUAAUAGCUUGUUGAAGUGCGGUAUUGUCGACGCCGUGCUGAGCUGGGCUAAAUUCAAGGCUCAGAAGGAGUUGAAUAAAGUGAGCGGUAAAAAGGUGACGAAGCUGAAAGGCGUGCCGAAAUUGGAAGAUGCCAACGAGGCCGGUCAAAAGAACGCCCUGAAAUGCACGUUGAUAUUAACGGAGGGAGAUUCGGCCAAAGGCAUGGUGAUGUCGGGAUUGAGCGUGGUCGGUAGAGAUUAUUACGGCGUGUUCCCUCUCAGAGGUAAGAUACUCAACACGCGCGAGGCGAACACCAAGCAGAUACUCGAAAACAACGAAAUCAACAACAUCAUCAAAAUCCUCGGUUUGCAGUACAAGAAAAAGUACAACACCGAUGAAGACAUGAAAACUCUAAGGUACGGCAAAGUGAUGUUGAUGACGGAUCAGGAUCAGGACGGAUCGCACAUAAAAGGUUUGCUCAUAAAUUUCAUGCACCACAAUUGGCCCGAGCUGCUCAAAAGGAAUUUCAUCGAGCAAUUCAUCACGCCCAUCGUGAAAGCUAGAAAAAAUAACGAAUGUCUGUCGUUCUAUUCGCUGCCGGAGCUCGAAGAAUGGAAGGCGAACACGCCUAAUUACAACACCUACAACAUCAAAUAUUACAAGGGUUUGGGUACAUCCGACGAUGUGGAAAGUAAAGAAUACUUCGCGAACCUCGACAGACACAGGGUGAAAUUCAAAUAUUCCGGACAACAAGACGACGAUCACAUCCUGCUGGCGUUCAGUAAGAAAUGCGUCGACCGCAGGAAGGAGUGGCUGACGAACUUCAUGGUGGAGAGCCGGAGGAGGAAAGAAAUCGGCCUGCCGGAGAAAUACCUCUACGGCAAAGACACGAAAGUCGUCACGUUCACCGAUUUCAUCAACUUGGAAUUGGUGUUGUUUUCGAACGGAGACAACAUUCGAUCCAUCCCGUCGGCCAUCGACGGGUUCAAACCCGCCCAACGGAAGAUAAUGUUCGUCGCUUUCAAACGGAACGACAAGCAAGAGGUGAAAGUGAGCCAAUUGGUCGGUUCGGUGGUCGAAAAGGCGGCCUACCAUCACGCCGAUACGUCCCUGGCCGGUACCAUCGUCGGUUUGGCGCAACGUUUCAUCGGCUCGAACAACAUCAAUCUGUUGGAGCCCAAAGGUCAGUUCGGUACGCGCCUGUCGGGCGGCAAAGACGCCGCCAGCGCCAGGUACAUAUUCACCAAAUUGUCGCCGAUCACGCGGAUGAUCUUCCAUCCGAACGACGAUCCGAUUUUGAACUACGAGUACGACGAUAAUCUGCGAGUGGAGCCGACUUGGUACAUACCCAUUUUGCCUAUGGUGUUGGUCAACGGAGCCGAAGGUAUCGGCACCGGAUGGAUGACGAAGAUACCCAACUACAACCCGAGGGAUAUCGUUAAGAAUUUGAGGCGUAUGUUGGACGGGGAAGAAGCCGAGGAACUUACGCCUUGGUAUAGGAAUUUUAAAGGUACUAUAGAAUACUGCGGUGAUAACAGGUAUGUGGUAAACGGAGAAAUAUCUUAUAUAAACGACGAUACUCUGGAGAUAACCGAGUUACCGGUGCACACGUGGACCGGCCCCUAUAAGGAGAACGUACUGGAAGCCAUGUUGCACGGUACCGAUAAGGUGAAAUCCGUGCUGGCCGAUUACAGGGAUUACAGUACCGAUAAAACGGUGAAAUUCAAAAUACAAGUAACGCGCGAAAACCUAGAAAACUUGGAGAAAGAAGGUCUGCACAAAGCCUUCAAAUUACAAUCGAUCAUCAAUCUAUCUUCGAUGUGCGCCUUCGAUGAAUACGGCUGCUUGAAAAAAUACGAAUCGGUGAUGACGCUGCUCGAGGACUUCUACGCGCUGCGUUUGAAGAUGUACGAGAAGCGAAAGGACUAUCUGGUGGGGACGCUCGAGGCCGAGGCCAACAAGCUGUCUGCGCAGGCGCGGUUUAUUUUGGAGAAGUGCAGCGGUGAGCUGGUGGUGGAGAACAAAAAACGGAAGAUUAUCGUCGAUGAAUUGAUCAAGAGAGGCUAUCCGGCCGAUCCCGUUAUGGAAUGGAAGAAAAGAGCGAAAACCGAAGAAGAAAACGACGGUCAAAACAACCAAGAAAACGACGAACGUACGAAUUCCGAAGUGAAAUUCUACGACUAUCUGUUGGGCAUGUCCAUGUGGAGCCUUACGGAGGAAAGGAAAAACGAAUUGCUCAGGCAAAGAGACAACAAAAUUAUGGAAUUGAAUACGUUGAAGAAACCCCACCCAAGGACAUAUGGAGGCACGAUUUGGACCGGUUCCUCGAAGAACUCGAUAAAAUCGAGAAGAAAGACGCCGCAAUCGACGAAAAAGAAUCGAUACAAAGGAAAAAAACGCAACCUGAAGGAAAAUCACUCGCAAGGGUUAGUACAAGGUAAGAAGAAAUUCAACUUUGCCGAUAUUCUUCCGUCUCCGGCCGGCAAACGGGUCGCCCCCACCAUCAGCGAGGAUCUAAAAAAGAAAAUCCAAUCUGCCGUCAAAGCGAAAGCCAAGGCGAAAUCUAAAUUGUUCAAAACGGAAAACUCCAUAGCCGAGGAAAUGGACGAGUUCGAUGAAAUGGUGAAGAGCAAGAAGACGCUGAAAGAUAAAUUGGGCACUCCCGAGGAGGUGGCGAGGAAAGCCGAGAAGAAGGCCAGCAAAAAAGGCGAUGGCAUGAAACAGACCAAAAUCGAUUUUUCCAAAGCGAACAACGGCACUAAAAAACCGAAGAACAAGAAGAAAUUCGCCUCGGACGACGACGAUUCAUUGGACUCGAACGGUUCGGACGUCGAAUUCGUCGCGACUAGUUCCUCGCCCGCCUCCAAGUAUCGCCCGUUGAGAAAAGCCGCCGCCACCGUAUCGAAAUACAUAUCAUCGGGCGAAGACGAUAAUUUCACCGACAAAGAGGACGAAUUGUUCGAGAACAGCGGCGUCAAAGAAGCCAGCAUUGUUCAAAACGUUUUGGAGAGUUCGGACGACGAGAAAAAGUCGCCGACGCGACACGAGACCUCCGAGGACAUGUUCGACAGUUUGGUGGGCAGGAAGAAGGACGAGAGCUCGGCCAGUCAGCAGAAUGAUUCGAAGAAGAGGAAGAACAGCUUCUCGGACUCGGAUUCGGAAUUCGGGGCCAUCAAAUCGAAGGCCAAAACGUACUCGAGCGACGACAGCGACUUCGACGGCAAGAAGCCCAAGGAGAAGAAGGCCGCCAAGAAACCCAAAGCGACCAAGAAGAAGACUGAAGAGCCUGUUAAAAAGAAACUGAAGGCGUUCACGUCCGAUGAAGACGAGGAUAAGGAGGCAGCGGCGCCUAAGAAAUCGAAGCCUAAGAAGGCUAAGGCGAAUAACUCGUCGCCGAAGAAGGGUAAGGGCAAGAAGAAAUCGUCCGAUACUUCUGAUGAUAAUUUCGUGAUCGAUGAUGAUUCGAUGAAGAGCGGCAGCAACAGCGAUAGUCCUGUAAAGAGACCGGCCAGGCCCGGAAGGGGAGCCAAGAAAAUUACCUACAUACAGGAUUCCGAUGAAUCGUCUUAGAUAAGUUUAGUGUGUUUGAUUUGAACUGGUGAAAUUUGCGUUUUAGGUAUUUAAUUAUUUAACGAGAAAUACCUUGGUAUUAAAAAAAAGAAACCUGUUGACAGGUAGUUGACAUAGACGUUUUGUAACGAAUCGAAUAAUUUUUGAAAUAAGUCUAUUUUAUAAUUUAUAGUUUAUUUUUGCAUCAUUGUUUGUUCGUAAUGUAAUCGUUUCGUAUUGAUUUUCUAUUGUAAUAUAAUUUUAACUACUAAUAAAAGUAUCUAACUUGGUACAAAUAAAACCUCGAUACAA